AUGGCCGAUUGCAUCCGAGGUAAUAGUGUGUCUGUAGUGAAAGCAGCUCUGGCAGCACUUGUCGAUGAUCCCGAGCAACUCGAUCGUACAAGGAAACGCUUCAUGGCUUCUCCGCCAUCAGACGCGCUCCAGUCGCAUGACUCCACCCGAUCCGAGAGCCCUGAUGCUCCUAACGAGGAACAACAACGUCGCGAUAAACGUCAACUGCAGUUGCUCGAAAGGACUGCUUCGCUUCCUGACAAGCAACUAAGUGACCAGGUUUUUGAAGAGGAGAAGCGGAUUAUCGAAACUGUUGAACAUCAAAAACUUCACGCGCCGGUUAGUACAAGCCAUUACAAACUUACGAAAGAAGCUGUCAGAAAGAGGUGGGUUAAGCAGGGAAUUUGGAACAACAAGUGGAAUGAUAUGGCUCAGGGACGGUGGAAACAUGAAGAACCAUUGGAUCUUUCAAUUGAACCCGAAGCCCGAGCCGAAGAACAGGCCAAAACCUGA